AAUGGCUGAUAUUUCCAACUCAGCACAAAGCCAACCUGCUACAGAGUUGAGGAUUGUGUUGAUUGGAGGAAGAUAUAAUAACCUUCCCAGUGGUAAAAGUUCAGCUGGAAACUUCAUUCUGGGUCAAAAUGUUUUCAACACCAGCAGAAGAACAGCUCAGAGUGAAGCGAGGCAGCAGGAAGUGUUUGGCAGACGAGUCACAGUGGUUGAUACUCCAGGAUGGUGGUGGGGUUCCUCUAGAGAAAACACCCCAAAACUGGAUCAGAUAGAAAUCCAGAACAGUGUCCAUCUGUGUCCUCCAGGACCUCAUGUCUUUCUGCUGGUCAUUCCUGUCAGUUUACAUUUAUCUCAGCGAGCCAAAGCUUCACUACAGCAACACUUGGAGCUUUUUAAUGCAGAUGUUUUCAGUCACACCAUCGUGUUGUUCACAGCAGUCAAUCCAUGUAGUGAUGAAACUGUAGAAUCUAAAAUCAGAACAAGUCCAGUCCUGCAGUGGAUUCUUCAACAAUGUGGAGACAGAAAACAUUUUCUCAACCUCAGUAACAAAGAAGAUAGAGAUCAAGUCAAGAAGCUUUUAGAGAAAAUUGAGACCCUGAUUGCAAUCAAUGGAUUCAGACACUGUUCUGUUGACAGAAGUCAAGGAGAAACUCUGAGAAAAGAAAUGAGAGAUUUGACUGAAAGAGCCUCAAAAAGGUUUGAUCAAGUCCAGAAACAAAGAAACAAACUGAAGCUACAGAUUGAAGGUGGAAAAGUCCCUCUAGACCAUUUAAGAAUAGUGAUGAUUGGAGGAUCAUUUGCUGGCAAAAGCUCAACAGGAAACACCAUUCUAGGAAAAAAUGUGUUUAAUGUUAAUGAUAAAGUUGACAGAAGAACAACCCACAGUGAAAUCAGUCAUGGUCUGGUUGAAGGAAGGCGGCUCACAGUGGUCGAUUCUCCUGGUUGGUUUUACAUCAACACCCUUCAGGAAACCAGUGAGAUGGAUAAACUGGAAAUAGAGAACAGUGUGAAUCUGUGUCCUCCAGGACCACAUGCUGUGCUGCUGGUUAUUCCUGUAAUGAUCAACAUUGAUGAAUCAUAUCUGAGAUCUGUUCAGCAACACAUGAGUCUGUUUAGAGAAGAAAUCUGGAAACACACACUGGUUCUGUUUACCUAUGGAGACUGGUUAGGAGUGAAGACUGUAGAGGAGCGAAUAGAGAGUGAUGAAGGUCUGCAGUGGAUAGUGAACAAGUGUGAGAACAGGUAUCAUGUCCUGGUUGGCCAGAAAUGUUCAGGGAAAAGUACAACUGGAAACAUGAUUCUUGUCAAGGAUCAAUUUAAUAAAACUUUUGACAGAGCUUGGUUGAAAAAGAACUAUCAAGAUCAUAUAGAAACUUCAACGUGUGUGAAGCAUGAAGGAAGGUUUGAUGGAGUAAAAGUCUCAGUUGUUGAAACUCCAGGCUGGUUCUCAGACCCAACACCACCUGACUGGAUCAAAGAUGAAGUUCUCCACAGUGUCUCCAUGUGUUCUCCUGGACCUCAUGUUUUUCUCCUGGUUGUUCCCAUCCUCAGAUCUUUCACAGAGAAAGAUCUCAAAGCUCUGGUGGAGAUCAUGAAGCCAUUAACAGAGAGAGUGUGGAGACACUGCAUGGUGGUUUUUACCAGGGGAGACUGGAUCAAUGACGUCCCUGUAGAGAAUUACAUCGUCAGAGAGGGAAAGGAGCUUCAGGAGCUUCUGGAGAAAUGUGGGAACAGAUACCAUGUUCUAAAAAACUUUAAUUCUGAUGUUCCUGUUCAAGUCAAAGAGUUGUUCCAAAAAAUUAUUAACAUUUUCAAACACAACAAAGAAUGCUUCAAUGAAGGCAAAGAAAGCAAACUACAGAUUCCACCUUGGCAAGAAAAACAGAUAGAAAAGGAGUGGAACAGAAGAGAACAGGAGCUGAUAGAGCGAAUGAUGAAAGCUUUAGGAAAGGAACCAGAGAAACCAACAGAGCCUCAUGUGGGAACAGCAGAGAGCAAAGAUGAUAUCAUUCCCGACAUGAGUGGAGAUGUUGCUUCAGAAUAUGGGAGCAUUUCAGAGAAACAGAGACGACGAGGACAUGACCAAGUUUCUGAAUGGCUGAAUAACAAAGUGAGAGAGUCAGAGAUCAGCUCUGGGAUCGGCAGCAUUUGUUCCUCAAACACUUACAUGGAAAACUUUGAUGAAAGUUCUGAAAUUGAUUAAAGUCAACAU